AGACGCGCAUUUUAAUUUAUUGUUUAUCAGUUUAUAUAUUCCAUAAAAAGGUGUUUAAAAUGAGAAUGUUGGUUUUAUUCUUCCAUUACAAGCAUAUAGAAUAAAUUAAUUAUAAAUUUUUCCUUCUAAACGUUAAGUUUGGAUGUGUCAAAUUUUCACAAAAAUUCCGUUACGUUUUUUAAAUUUGUGUUUAACGUGAAUUAAUAUUUAUGUUAAUUUGGUUUAUGUGAAUUGCCAAGAGAAAAUUAAAACUAUUUUCACAAUUUGAAAGAUUUUGUUAAAAAAAAUGGAGAUUUUUACAUUUAACAAGAGUCUUCAGGAGAGACUCGUCGAUUAUACAGGAAUUCUGUCAAAUCGAGAGGAAGUUGUUGCAGCUUCACAAAUUCGUUCUGAAUGGUCGUAUCAUGUGGAAUUUGUAAUUGAACCAGUUGGUUGGCGUGCAUUAUGGAAAAUUCCAAAACUCACUUGUCAAGAUUUUGAAAUUCAUUAUCCAACAAUAGUCGCUGUUAUUGUGCAACAAGUCGAUUUUGUCGAACUCACGGCACUUGUGAAAAUUGUUGCCGUUCAAGAGGAAAUUCAUUUACCGGAAAAAUAUGAUGUACCUCUAAUUGAAUUAUAUCCAACUCAACAUCAAGACGAUAUUGCCUUGGAUAUGAUUGCAACAGCAAAUUGUAUAGAUCAACUUCGAUUUUUUUACAAUUAUCUAUGGAUGCCAUGGGAUCAUGACGAUGAUGAGAAUCGUGAUUGGAUAUUGUCGCAUCUUGAACCGAGAUUGAGACUUUUUUUCGAUAUGAAAAGAGGUAGUGUUUGUAAAAAGACUUGUGAUGUUAUUCGAACAUUAAUGAGAGAAGGACGUGAGAUAAAGGAGAAAAUUUCAAGAUUAGAAAUUGAUAUUUCGGAUGAUGAGGAUGUACAUGAUCGUUCACUUGAUGAUGGUAAGGCUUGUCAAUUGUUGAAAUUGCAUUUUCGAUUGCAACAAAUUAAAACUGAAAUGGAAGUAUUGGAAAAUCCAGCAAUGAGAGAUGUAUUAAUUAGAAAUCAAAGUUCGAGUGUUAUGGAAAUUGAGACAAAAAGACGAGAGAGUGGUGUUAGAAGAGUAGAGGGUUAUUUUGUUUGGCUCGGUGGUUCGUUGGAGGAAACGAUUUUCUCUUUGAAUCAAGCCAAAGGAUUUUUGCCUCCCGACACAUUUGUCAAAACAUCCAGUUGUUUGAAAGAAGCUUUAGAUACAUGUGAUGCAGGAGAUAUUAUUAUUCUUGGCAGUGGCGAUCAUCCCAUCAGAGGAUCUGGAAAUUUAGAAGACGGUGGAAUGAUCAAGGGAGUUGAUUCUUUCGAAAAAACAAUUAUUUGCCCCAAAGAAACUGAAAGUGGUCCAUCUUUGUUAGAUUUUUCAGGCAGAGAAGUAGUACUGGAAAAUUUGACAAUAGAUUUAGGAGAUAUCCAGGCAGGCAUUCUGGUGAGAAAAGGCACAGUGAAGUUGGAUGGAUGUCGAAUUUAUACGUCCAAUCACAGUGUAAUUAAAAUAGGAAUUGUUGUUUUGCCAGGAGCAAAACUUAGCGCACAAAAUACAACUCUAGUGGGAUUAGGAACUGGUAUCAUGAUACAUUCAGGCGGAGAGGCUAAUUUAAGUGAAUGUAAUUUCGAAGAAUGUACAGAUGGAAUUCAGCUACAAGAUGAUUCUAAAUUGACAAUGACAAACAGUCCUCUAAAAAAUUUGAAAGAAUACGGAAUUCGUAUGGAGUCAAAAAAAUAUUUGAAUGACUGUGAAUGUAAAACAGGUGGCGCGGAAUUAUUAGAAAAAAUGUCAGAAAUCUCAUUGGAAGGUUGUAAAUUUGAUAAUAAUGGCAAAGGUGAUGUAUUACUAAAGUCGCAAACUGCCACCUCUUUAUUAACAAAAUCCGAGGAUAUGGUUUCUUGAAAGUUUUUCUUUUAAUGAGAAUUAUUUUUUUUUUUAAAUACUUUUUAAAAGUUGUAAAAUUUAUGCACGUAAGAAGAUUUUUCAAACCAAAACAUACAUAAUGGUUACGAAUGAAAUAAUUUUAAUGUUUUUUUUUUUUAAUUACAUAGUGAUGAACUGUACAAUUAGAAAGUUUUAACAAAAUGAUUCCAUGUAUUUUAUACUAAAUACAAAAUUUUUGUACCAUGUUUUUGUCCAGA